CGAAGAGCAUCAAUUCCCUUCUCUUUCACAAAUUGUGUUGUCAAGUGGUUAAGGCGGCUAGGGUGUUGCAUGAUGUAUCCAAAGACUUUAGGCAACUUGGGGCUUUUCUUUUGAAAGACGAGUCUCCAGAACGCUGUGCUCCUCCACAGAAGUCACCUCAAACAAUCCUGUGCAGGCGGUAUGUUGCAUUUUUCUUCAUGUUUUUAGAAGCUUGCCACCUUCACGAAAUGCGGGCUUAAAAAACACAGAAAAAUCUGAAGCCGAGCAGCCAUGUUUUCCGACAACUUGAAGGAGAAGCUGUUAAAGGCAGGUCACCGAGAUGACAGCAAUCAUCCCGCGAUGGAUGGAUCCAGCAGCCUUUCGGGUAAUAGCCGUAAAGGAAAUAUCAAAAAGAGGUUGUAUUCAGAAGCUGAAAUUAUCUCUAGAAUGAAAAAGAAACCUCCGACACGAAUUAGCCCAGGACUACGCCGACGGUUUCUUAUACGUCUGGCGAUUGCUCUACAUUCUUAUGGAAGCUCGGCUUCUCGCACCGAGUACUUAAUUGACAAGGCAGCAGACAAAUUGAACGUCAAAGCGAAUAUAUCAGUGUUCCCAUCCCUGAUUCUGCUCUCCUUUCCAGGGGUCGACUUACAUGAUCCUAAUCAGAAGGAAAUCUAUAUGAUCCAAGUCGACCCAGACCUUGAUGUUGACAAGCUGGGUCGGGCGGAUGAGCUUGCAAAUGGAGUUGGACAAGAGAGUGCCCCUUUACUACUAGCAUAUUGGAGAUUAAAGGCUAUUGCAAGUGCUCCCCCUGAAUUCGGCAAAUGGUGGAAACUAUUUGGAUUUUCUCUUUCAGGAUCCAUGUCGUCGCUGCUCUUCUUCAAUGGAAGUCUCUGGGACGCGCUUUUCUCCCUUCUUCUCGGUUUUAUAGUCGGUAUAUUGGACAUCCUUGCAUCGAGAUCAAAUCUCUACGGAAGUGUAUUUGAGUUCACAGCCGCUCUCGUGGUCUCCUUUCUUGCUCGGACAUUCCAAGUUUAUUUCAAGAGUUAUGAGCUCUGCUUCUUCGCAAUGGCACUAUCCGCCCUUGUGCAACUUCUACCUGGUUUGUCCUUGACCCUCGGUGUGAGCGAGAUGGUGGCAAAGUCUCACGUGACUGGGACGUCACGAGUCAUGAAUGCUCUCUUCUCAGCUCUACAGCUUGGGUUUGGACUCGCCAUGGGUGAGAACCUCGUCGUGUGGGCCCCUAAACCAGUGACUGCUGAAUGCGUAUCUCCAACGCUUCCUCUCUGGCUCAAGUUCGUUUGGUUUUGUGCCUACACACUCUCCUCCAACAUAUUGUUGAAUGCGAGGCUAGAUCAGUGGCCUGGCAUGACCUUGGCAUCCUUUGUGGGUUACGUCGUCUCCGAGGUGACAGGCUUGAAGCUUUCAUCAAGUGCUUCUUCCGUCAUCUCUGCCUUCGCAGUCGGGAUCACCGGCACGACUUACUCUCGGUUCACUGGAGACUUACCUCUCGUGAUGGUUCUGUCGGGUAUUUUGUUGCUUGUUCCAGGCGGCAUUGGUGUGCAGGGUGUGACUCGCAUGCUAGGAGACGAUGUCCUAUCCGGUCUGGGUUUUGUUUUUGAUAUGGUCAUGGUUGGAUUAUCCAUCACACUUGGCUUGUUAAUAGCAAAGAUUGCUCUCCCAUCAGCAAUAUUCGGCAGCACUGUUCGAGUUAACACUCACAGUAAGAGUACUUUGCCGAGAGCGCUGGAACAUGACCGACCUGAGGAUGCCCUUGAUUCUUCGAAUUCGAAUUCGGAUUCGGACAGUGAGGAGGAUAUGGCUAUUUGAGGUGAGUGAGACGGGAAUUUAGGUCUGCUCCAAUUCUCUACAAGUGAUGGAAAAAUCAAACAUUUAUGUAUUGUUAAUAUACUUAGUCGUUCAUGUGAUUGCCUCUUCUUGUAGAGCGAUUCAAAAAUUAUGAACUUAUGUAAUCACAUGCGUAUGCCGAAUUGUUAGAACGGAUGUUACACUUGCUUCAGUUAAAUUGAGAGACGAGUGCUACAGUACUGAUAUUUUGGAACAUAUCCUGACAAGCACUUUUAUAUUUAUAUUUUUACUGCUCAA